GUGUCUGUGCGCAGGGCAGUUGUAGCCCAUGCAGGGAACGUGAUGUAUGCCAUCGCGCACGAGAUGGUCCAGAUUGUUCUGCCCUACGUCAACAAAGAGGUCGGCGGCGACGUGAUUAGCUUCUCGAACUACCGGACGGCUGUGAACAGCCUGCUCCUCUUCGGUGGCGUGGGCGUUGGGAAGCUGGCAGACAGAGCGGGCCCCAAGGUGGCCCUGAUGUUGGCGCACGCUGCCAGUGCCUCGAAGUUUUUCCUGGUCGCCUCCGCGACCAACCUCAGGUCCCUGUAUCUCUCCGCUAUCCCUGCUACAUUGAUGCACGCGUUCCAGGUCACACUGCAUGUGGCGACGCUCAACUCGGAGGACGACCAGAGAGCGGGAGCACUGGGCCGUGUCGGCGCGCUCUACGGCAUUGGCUUCCUUGCUGGCAGCGGCCUCGUCGUGGGAGCUUCGAAGUUUCUCGUGCCCAAACACAUCGCCCUCCUCGCCUCGGGCCUGGAGCUUGCCGUCGUCGCCGCCGCGGCGCUCAUGUACCCGGCGGAGGAGACCGAGGCCCCUACACAGUCUGCUCCAGCUUCGGCGCAGCUCCUGGACAUCUUGCCUCGACCGGGUGUUCGCUCUGUCCUGGGCUUCAAAGUCGUCCUUGCCAGCUCGGCGGGCAGCGUUUGCUUCAUGCUUCAGCAGUUCGCAAUGGAGCCUUUUGGCUUCCUUGCAUCCGAGGUGGCGAUGCUUAUGGCCUACGUCGGCCUUUUGCAAAUCGCUUCACAGUCGCUGAUCCCAGCCUCGGCGGCACCCCGGGAGCUGUACGCCACGUCGGCG